AUGGAUUCUCGAUCUGACCCGGCCGAUCAGGCCCGAGUACGACACACUUUAGAAGACCCUGCUUAUCUGUCCAGUAGUGAUAAUCGCCCUCGACAAUCUCGUCCUAGAGCCAGCUCCUCCGCUGCCGCCGGUGGAUCUGGUGCAUUCACAGACAUUCCAGAUCAUGGAUUCCGUUCCGACACCGAUGGACGACCUAGGGCUCCGUCCAGAAGUGCCAGCUUACGAGAACCCCGAGGUGGUCAAUCUGGGUAUGAUAUCCAUCCAUCCAUGGGAGGAUAUGGGCCUCUUGGAAGCCUCGGAGGAAUGGGAUAUCCUGCAGGUCCUUAUCUUCCAUACGAUCGUGGAUAUCCUACUGAUUGCGGCCCUCCAUCUUUUUACCCCCAAGGUGGCUUUCCUUCCAUCCACUCCUUCGAUCAGUAUGAUGGAUCAACGACCCCUCGAUAUCCUCCUGCGUGUACUCCGCGACUUUCUCCGAGGUUAUCACCUGAGACAGCAUUUGACUCAGCGAGGCCCCCCUUAUUUGGCUCACCCAGACGGGGACCAUCAUCCGGGUCAUCCGAUGAGACACGCUCGGAUCGCCCACCGGGGGCAAGAAGAUCAACGAGGCAGCCAACGUCCAGAAAUUUUGAAUACAUUUCUACUUCGGGCCAUGAAAGAUCUUCUGGGAAUACAGGCAAGAGCAAGAUACACAAACACAGGGAGAUCCCUUCGAUCCGCCUCGAUACUACAGCGACGAACCAACAGACUUACAAGAUCCAAGGUGAGACCAAGACUCUGAUAUUUGGAGAUAUCCAAUUCACCUGGAAUGAACAAGGCGAUUGUGUGACAGUCAGAUCUUUAGACGGAUUACCAUUCAAGCAAGUCAUACGUCAUGAUAAAUGGAAUUCCAAUUUCGGUCCCGCUGCUACUAUAGUCUUCGCCAAGCAUCGACCACCAAGGGAUGAAGAUCCUGCACAAGAGGAGGAAGAUAUCCCUGUCAGAGUUACACUGAGCGAGGCGUACGUGUCGACUGGUCCAACUGCGUCGGAUCGCGCCCAGAGAACGGGUGUGUGGUUACCUGGGUCUAAUGCACUAGAAGAAAAUGAAGGAAUUUUCACAAGAACUGGGACCGGUACUACUCCUGAACGAUCGAGACGUAGUUCUCCAGGACACGAAACUUUUCCGGAAUUUAUGUAUGAUAGACGUGAGUCGAUGGUGACUCAUUCUGGGGGCGAUGACUUCCAGCCAAGUGAAGGGACAUCAAACUCGCCGGAAAGACCCAAAGCGAGAGGCUCCAGGUAG